CCUUGGUUGUGGGAGCGCCAUACGUACAAACAAACAUGAAAGCCCUGAUUCUUCUGGCUUUACUCGGAGCAGUAUUUGCUGCCCCGGUGGAGGAGAGGGAUGAGAAGGUUGUCGGAGGGUAUGAGUGCCCUGCCCACUCCGUGCCCUACCAAGUGUCUCUGAACGCUGGCUACCACUUCUGCGGUGGCUCCCUGAUCUCCAGCCAGUGGGUGGUGUCUGCUGCCCACUGCCACAAGUCUCGUAUCCAGGUGCGUCUGGGUGAGCACAACAUCGAGCAGAACGAGGUCACUGAGCAGUGGAUCGACUCCGCCAAGCUAAUCAAGCACCCCAACUACGACAGUUACACCCUGGACAACGACAUCAUGCUGAUCAAGCUGAGCAAGCCUGCCACCCUCAACAGCUACGUCCAGACUGUGGCCCUGCCCACCCGCUGCCCCCAGGCCGACGAGAACUGCCUGGUGUCCGGCUGGGGCAACACCAUCCCCAAUGGAAACAGCUUUCCUACUAAACUACAGUGCCUGAGGCAACCCAUCAUUGAUCACAGAAUCUGCAAGAAUGCUUACCCCCAUCUGUUCACAGAGAACAUGGUAUGCUCUGGAUUCAUGCACGGAGGAGCCAGCAGCUGUCAGGGGGAUUCCGGUGGACCCCUGGUGUGUAAUGGUCAGCUGCAGGGUGUGGUGUCCUGGGGUUACGAGUGUGCCCAGGAGGGACACCCCAGUGUCUAUGCCCGCGUUUGCCGAUACAACAACUGGAUCAGCGAUAUCAUGAGCAGCAACUAAACACAAAUACACAGUGUUGCACACACACACACACACACAUGUACUGUAAUGCUCACACACUCAUUCAAGGUCACACUAACUAUGCCAAUCAGAAACAUUCACUCUACCUCUGAGUCAACAGACAGUGUAUCAGUUAAUACGUUGGGGUACUGUGCAGCACUCUCACACCCUGUCAGUAAUAUACCGUUUGGAACAUACACACUAUAUCCCGUGCAGACUACAGCCUACCCCCAGAGAAGUUUAGCUAUAUCUAUGAAAUGAACUACAAUAAAUCCUAUCAGUGUGUUUUAUCUUCUUCAAAAUGAUUCAAACUGUUCUUCAUAACACAGAUAGGUACAACACAUUGUGAUGGGAACAGCAUGUGAGCCACACAUUUGUUGGGGGGGGUGUUGUUGAUAAUAUUGGGCUCCUCCUUUCAGGAAUACAUGUGGACAUUUUCAAAGAACAUGUUCUAAGAGACCUCUCAUCUCUCAAUGAGCUGUAGCCUGCAGUAUGUUACCCCCCAAAUGGCACCCUAUUUCAUAUUUAGUGCACUACUUUUGACCAGGGCCAACAGGACUCAAUAUGUCAAAGUAGUGCACUAUAUAGGGAAUAGGAUGCCAUUUGAGACGCAUUCCAAGCCUGUCACAAGGGAUAUCAACUAUUGUCUUUUUCAGGUUGUUAAUUAAGAAGAGGUUGUAAGGGGAAAAUGUGCAUUACUUUAAGGUUUAUAUAAAUGAUAGGUGUGUACAA